AUGACAAGCAACCCAGACGUACCUCCGUUCACCGGCUACGUCGAGACCACCGUUAACGCCCUCCGCCUCAUCCACGCUGCCCGUCAGGGCGUCAUUCCCCGCAUUACGCGCCGCCUCAACGACUCCGAACGCAGAACUAUGAUCAAGUCCGGCGCUGUCUUCGUCUUCAGCGUCGAAGAGAGCGGAAUCAAGCGUUGGACAGACGGACUCUUGUGGUCACCGUCUCGCAUCGUGGGGAACUUCCUCGUCUACCGCGAAAUUAACGAGAGGACAAGCAGCCGUGGAGCAAACAAGAAACCGUACCCAGGUGACGAGUCGCCAACUCGCGCUCUGGUUCGCAAGAGCUCCCCCGACCAAAUCGCGAUGGGCUUCAAAGGACACGGAGGAGGCGACACGGGGACAUUCAAAGCCGGUGGGUUGAUUAAAAAGACGAUUACUGUCACCAUCGAGGGUUCCGACCUGCACCUCAUCUCCUACUAUACUUCGGAAGACAUUCGCUCGGGAAAGCUCAAACGACCGUCCACCAGAAUCGACAUUAUGAGCCUGUACAUGCCACCUCAUAUCUUCCGUCUCACCAACUUCCGCGUCCCUCCCAAGGUAGAAAUAGGCCCCGACGGAAAACCUCGACUCGUCAGUGAAGCUGAAGACCUUGACCCAGUGGACUGCAAAGUUGAAGACAACGGCUAUGGAGUUCCCGCGUCGCCAACAUGGUCCUCCCAGGGUAGCCCGACGUCGCCAGUAGAAAAUCCCUUCGGAAGCAACUCCACCUACCCCCUAGGCUCGAACACCAACGGGAGCGGAGGGUCGUACAGGACGAUUGAUCGGUGGACCGCAAGUCAUGGGGACCCGCUGGGGCCGUCACUCCACCGCCAAGAUAUAGGCUGGUCGGCCUCGAAUGCGACACUCUCCUCCUCGCACACCAUGUCGCGCCGGCGGGAAGGCAGUCUCCUCCAGUCAGACAGUUGGCCGUCGAUCCAGUCGCAGUCGAGCCGUUGGCAGGGGUCGCCACACGAGUCGUCGACUACCGCAUCUGGCACCGGCGGCAUUUACCAGGACCGCACCCGCGUGCGGUCUGGCCACCCCUACGCGGACGACGGCCAGAUGAUGCACCGCCGGGACCACGAUAGCACACAGUCGAAUUACAGCUUGCAGGCGCGGUAUACAACGCCGCAUCCCACGGCGGCGAGGGAACAUGCCCUCCAGCGCUUACAUUGGCAUCCCCGAGAUACACCCGACACCACGCGCGACCUACGCAGAGGGACUCCUCAAUCAUCGACAUCUUUCUCGCCAUCGCCAACGUUGCCUUUCAGUCCUCAGGGCUACCACAAUACCACCACACCAACGUACACCUCGUCUUGGACACCGACUGACGCCAACCUUCUUACUACUCCAACAUUGCACUCGAUUUCUACUCAGCCAGCUAUUUCCUAUGAUGGAACUUACAAUAACAACGCUACCAGCAUCUCUCAUUCGGAGGAGUACUCGAACGUGGAGGAAUAUCGCGACUCGUAG